UCUUCAAGGGAAAGUGAUCAAGUUCCACGGAGAGUAGACAGUGGAGAUUUGUCAGGACAUGUAUCUUCAGUAGUAAAUCCAAUUCAGUGUUCAAGCAGUUAUGGCACAGUUACUGAAGUGGUUCCUUCCUGCAGCUCAAGUUGUCAACAGUCUCCUGUGAAUGUUGUAGUCAAUGGGGCUGGAACAAGAGCAUGUAUGAACAAUGCCACUGAGGGAGAUCAGGUCAAUGAAGAAAUGUUGGAAUCACAAAAUGAGGUGAUCUUCUGAAGUUAAUUGUUGUAGCAGUAAAUGAUGGUAAUUUUCUGUCAUUUGAUGACUUUCCAUUAGUAAUACUAAGCCUACACAGAUCUCUCUAUUUUGGUUUUCUUCCGUCAGCUCUCACUUCUCUAACCUGUCCUGUGUAACUGUAGCCUGCAUGCACAGGGUCCAAAAUUGCAACCAGCUGUACAUAUCUUACCUAGCCAAAAUGUAAAAAGCAUUGACUGUUUACAGGCAAAUGAAUUCACCGAGGUAAAAAAAUUUUGUUCAGAAGUGACCUGGUAUGAGUAACAUGGCAGUUACCUAGUUGCUCGUAACUGCUUGAAGGUUUUGCACUGGGAAGUAUAUAUGGGGAAACGCAGUAGUGUUAUCUCAUGUCUUUCAGCUAACAGAGCUAUUUAUUCAAGGAAAAGUCCUUUUCAACUAAAAUAUGACUUUUGGGAUUGUUCAUGAGUAUUAUUGAUUAUGUUUUAAUGGAAAAAAGGUCUUUUAAAACUUUAUUUUGCGGGGGACCAGAAUUUUUCUAGCUGGCGACUGAAAAAAAAAUUUUAGUUGCCACUUGGCGCCUGGAUAAAAAAGUCAAUUUCAGACCCUGAAUGCAGAUAGAUUGUAAGUUGAAAUAGGAGAAGUCUGCACAAGAAUAACUCUUAAAAGCAAGUGUGCUGUUUCUGAAUGAGAAAUAUUUCUGGAAAAAGGAGAAAAAAAAUACUGUAUAUAUUUAUUAUAGCUAAAACUGAACUGAAGCCAGCAGUCGCUAAUUUGUGUGUGAACUUCUGCUUUUGUCCUACGAAAUAAAACACUUUUACUUCCAAUGAGACUUCUGUUUUAAAAAAAAUCAACAUUUUUGUCUGAUAGUGAAACAAUUCAACAAUCCAAUUCAGAUAAACAAAAUUAUCUCCCAAGUAAUUAGCAGAAAGCGCUGAUAAACAAAAAAAAACGUUAAAUGGUCGUAAAAAACAAACCUUUGUCUCAGCAUGCAUAAGCCAAACUCCUCCUUUCUGAAGACUGGAAGGAGAGUUUCAAAAAUCUAAAGGGGUUGAUUGUGGGCAGUUUUUUAAUUUUAUUAUUUAUUUUUUUAAAACAUUUAUUGGAUUACGAUAAUUCUUAUGAAAAUACUUACAUUUACAUGGAGGGAAAAUAGAAACAACUAAGACUUAAUGCAUUAACAUGACAAGAGAAAAUGUAAAAUACAAUAUUACAGCAUAUACAGCUACCUAAACCUAAAAAUGUUUUACAAAUUUGACUAAUAAUUGCAAGAGAAAAAAAAACACUAAACAACAAAAACAUAAAGAGUCUGUCCUACUAACUAAAAGGCGCCUUGCAAUUGCAUUUGUUUCUGCAUCACUUUUUACUUUUGGAGUUAUUUAUUUUCAGCAAAUUUAUUUGUCCGAGAGGUGGAGUUUAAGGGGGCUCCAUUUGUUUUUGAAGGAAGGUACAUUGUUAUUAUCACAGAUUGCAGGUGGUUUUUCUUAAUGCUUUCCCCCCUCACCCCCUCCCCGAUUGUUUUCCUUUUUGUCCUCAGUUCAGCUUUCGUGCAGCUGAAUCUCUUAUUUUACAAACUUAAAAAGGAAAAAAGACACCAAAAAACCGCCAGCUAUGCAGGCUAUAGUCAAGGAGAAAUAGUUUCUAAACCCGCUAACUGCUAGUUAAUACUUUGUGCAUGCAGAGGAAUGAUUCUGCUUAAGUGAAAAGUGGAAUCAUUGAACUUUCCAGUCAUGUAUUGUUUUUAUAAUCAUUGGUUUCAUAGUCACAAUUGUCAGACUGGCCUUCAGACUCAGGCAUAGAAGGAACUGAUAAUCCCUUUGUCGAUGAAAGUAAGUUAAUUUUUUAUGGAACACUCUUAUAAUAUUAAAAUAUUUAUGCUACUACAUAAGAAAUUUCUGCAAUUUGAUUGGCUGAGAGCAGUGGUAUUUCAGCUUAAUUUGAAAUACCUACAUGUAAAAAUUACAACCUUUUGCGGGUAGUAGUAUAAACAAAUAAUAGCAUGAUUUGUACGUGACAUUUGGCAUAAAUACCACUCGUGAUAUUUCAAAAUUGUCUAAAAUUUCACUCACCUAACGGCUCAUGAAAUUACAUAUAACAAUUUUGAAAUAUCACCCGUGGUAUUUAUGCCAAAUAUCACUACUAAUCAUGCUAUUACCUAUACUCAUAUUUCUUUGUGGGAAAUUUCAGCAAUUUGAUUGGCUUAGAGCAGUGGUAUUUCAGCUUAAUUUGAAAUACCUACAUGUGAAAAUUACAAACCUUUUGUGGGUAGUAGUAAAAACAAAUAAUAGCAUGAUUUGUAUGUGAUAUUUGACAUGAUUUCCACUAGUGAUAUUUCAAAAUUGUCUCAAAUUUCACUCGCCUAACAGCUCGCUAAAUUUGAUGUAACAAUUUUGAAAUAUCACUUGUGCUAUUUAAAUGUAUGCCAAAUAUAUACUUCAAAUCAUGCUAUUACCAACACUAAUAGUUGUAUAUUAAUUAUCAAAAUGUUACCUAGAACUAGAAUGUGUGAAGAGGUGAAGGACUGACUCAACAUGUGAACAGCCAAAUUAAAGGAUUAUUUCAUUGGUCAUUAUUUUUAUUCAUAACUGAUCUAUAACAGGCCUGCCCUGUACAUCAAUUGAUCGUCUUUUUUCAACAUAAUUUUAAAUGACCAUUUUAAUGCAUUAUUUAUUGUUUUAAAGCUUAAUAAAUGACACUGUUUGAGAGUUUCAUUACAUAAGUUAACAUAUUCUAAUUUAACAUAUUUUAACAUACUGUAAUUUAAAUGAAAACAUAUGUUUACAACUGUGUGUAAGCUAAAACUUACUGGUUAUUGUUGAUGAUAAAUCAUAAUUAAUCUAUUUAAUUAAUUUUACGUCUUCCAGGAGGAAAUGGAGAUAGCAACAGUCUAGAUCUUGGAGUUACCAUUUAUCCGCAAGCGGUGCCUUUGCAGGUAUCCCGUUUUGUAACUUUCAAUAAUGUAUAUCAUACUGGUAUUUCUAUUAUUCCACCCAGGUGAUACCUAGUACUGAAACAGAGUAUCCUUAACUCCCCCAUGGAGGGCAAAAAAAGACCCAGAAAACUACGGUGUGAUCAUCCUGGGCUGUGCAUUUUUAGCCAUAACCAGGAUCGGGAGUAUUGAAUUGAUUUUUGUUUGCUCUUUUGAGAAGCCCAGAUUAGGGAAAAUUUAAGAAGUUGUGCGUGGAAUAAGGCCCUGAAUGACUCCUGUUGUAAUACCAGAUUCUUCCUCUGAUACACCAACAUAUAGAAGGCAAUUGGUAGGAGAAUCGAUCUUUUCAUCAGAGGUCCCUUGGGGUAUAGUCUAGGCAGGCCUUCAUUACUAACGUAAAGUGGGAUGGCUUGAAAAGUUUCACCAGUGAUUAAUCUUAUACUAGCAGCUGUGAAAAAAGCUGAGAUUGUCUUUAAAAGAGUGCUGCGUCAAAGAAAGUGGCCAAUACAAAAAUUCUUAAGAAUUGCAUUCAGUAGUCAACCUCUGGAAGUUAGAUAGCGCAAAUAGGUCAAGACGUCUAUUUUUCAAUUGCAAAUUGUUACAUUUUUACUGAACCCCUCCGUUAAAAAAGAAUAACUAUUUCAUAUGUCAUUUUAACUUUCUAUCCUUUGAAAUGCACAUUUGGUAAGGGCCGUAUCACGGGGAUGAAGUUGUAAUAGCUUGGCAAUUCAUAAUGUGUUCAUCAGUUACAUCUCAAUAUGGUCGAAUAAAUGUGGCUAAUUCAGCUACUGUAACGACGUGGCUGCAUGAACAGAAUUUUCUUUUCCUAUGAAAAAACAAAGUGGGUGUAAUAACAAGGUGGCCUUGUAAAUGAGGUGACUGUAUGGCGCGGUUCCUCUGUAACUCUCUUCAGCCAGUAUUCCACAUAUUUCGGUAUACUAAAACAGUGGAUAGAGUUUUUCGCGCGUUCUGAUUGGCUGCUUAGACUCGAUCCCGUGCUAUUCACCUCCAAGCGACGCCAAACUCGCCGAAACUCGCGUAAGUUACGAGCAAAUGGCUUCCCGGUUUGCUGUCGUAACAAACGAAGAAAUUUCACAAAUAAUGUGAGAAACUGUUCCCGAAAAACACGAAGAAGGCUACGAAAUCCGGUUUGGAAGUUUUAACAGAUAGAGUUUCUGAAGUUUCGUCUGUUUAACCUAAAUUUAUCGAUCAAACCGGUGAGAACGUUUUAUUUGUCGGCAAGACAACGUGACAGCAGUAACUUCGAUCAUUUGCGCGCAAAAAUUAUAAUCGUUAGCAGCAAUAAAUAAGUUAAAAUAUCAUUACUUUUGAGCUCAAUUAUCUCACUGUUAUAGUAUACACUAAAACAAUUAUUCACCGAAGUGGCACCGUCGGUAAAUAUCCUUCACUAGCCACCUCCACUUCGUUGAAUAAUUGUUAUUUGUCCCAUGUGAUUAAGCAGAAGUGGACAGCACACUGCUCGCAGUCACAAAUUAAAUGACAAAGGUCUUUCUUAGACCUCACGUUUUGACUACUGAGCUUUAUAAUGAUUGUAUACAUGUAUGUAGAUAGGGUUCAUUUAUCAUUAAAUUUUGUCCCCUAAAUAGUCACUUUGUUACCGAUCACAACGUUUCAACAGCCAAUCAACACCAUCUCCUUAUUGCGAUCAGCAGUGAAUGGUCGAAACAUCAAAGUGACUAUCGUGAGACAUGAUAAACGAGCCCUGCGGAGCUUUUCCUCCAAUUGCAAAUUUAUAUGGUUUCCGCCUGAAUCCUUAAGUAAAGAAAAAGAUUCUCAUGAAAUCACAAAGUCUUAUCUCCAACAAGUUAUAUGAAGUCACCACUCUUUGGUGCUGCACAUACAUACCUCCAUGGCUUUGAAUGAAAAGCAAGAUUUGACCUGGACAUCUCCAGAUUACAAACCUGGUGCUCUCAUUACUCCACUUCAGUUACUCUGAAUGUUAGGCUUACGUUUUUAUGUAUUGUUUUAAACACGUGCUGUGAGUUCUCUGAUUAGCUUCAGAAACGUCCUCGGAGUAUUUCAUCGAUAGGUUUGCUAAAUAAUGCAUUUCUCGUUUUAAAACGUGUUAAUUGAAAAGUGUGAAACAAAAGCGCCAAAAUAACAAAGGUUGGUCAGAAAUAGUUUUACAGCUGAAGUGCACUUAUUUCACCUAUUCCUUUUUGGAAUGGUAACAGAAGUAUCUUGAUAUGGGCUGCCGUUUGGUGCUUUCUCCGUUUGAAAACUUUGUAUUUCGUUUUAGAUUAAGUUCUGACUAGUUGACGGUUAUUUGUUUGGUUAAGGAUGAAUGUUUUUCGUGAAUUUUUUUCUGUCUUUGGUAGAUACAUUAAAUUUAAAUUUCUGAUUUUUCAUUAUCUGAAAAUUAGGAGGACCGUUUUAUGUAAAAUCUCAUGUUUAUCAGCAUUCCAUUGUUUCAUUCAUUCAGCCCCCUGUUUCCUCUGACUUUUCAGUUUACUGAGUUUUACCGGGUAUAAAGGUCCUUACAUGUGAUUAAAUUCGCGAAGUCAGUUGCCUACUGAAUAUUAAUUAGUUUUUGAAUGAUUUUUGAAACCCACAUGAUUUCGCUGAUGAAAUAUUAUUAUAGGACAUACCAUGUUUUAUUCGCUUUUGAUCAUUCAAGUUUAUGUUUUACAGGGUGGUCAAGUUUGUUGGUUUGACUUCACGCCAAUGCUACCUCUAUGGUUUAACUCAGGAACUGCCAAUUUUGGUUUGCUAGGGACGGUAGAAUUGUCGAGGCACAACAACUCGUUAAUUGGUAGGCCUAUUCCAGGUAUGUGCUGAGAUGUUUACACAACUAAAUAAAAAUAUGAUAAAAAUACAUGAUGUAUGAUAAACGAUGCCAACUUUCCUCUUAACCUCUCCUUUUUCGCGUUUUUAGCGGAGCUCGUUUUUCAUCUCUCCCCACAGGGAGGGAUGAAAAACGAGCUCCGCCAAAAACGCCUGCGUGGGAGGCUACUUGGGAUCCCCCUCUCUUGUAAGUCUACCAUUCCUCCCAUCCUUUCCUUUUAAACAAAAUGCAAAAGGUGCUAAUUUAACUAUUGUCUGUACUAUACUUCUGAUUGGUUUAAACAGUGAAAUUUACGAAAACUUAAGUAGCAUGUAUAUUAAUUCUUAGCUUUCCAACCAACUUCCAUAUAACAAAAUACCAUCCAAGUCUAAAUAACACAGAAAUGCUAGGUGAAGAACAUGUGAAAUUGUAAAUUUUUCUUGGCUGUCGUUUGCAACUCUUAUGAGUGGUCAAAAUCUGUUAACAUAAAGAAACGCCUUUUCAAAAUGGUGUUAUAUAUUAUAUAUUUUAUUUCGUAAGUACCUUUUUUAGGUUUAUUUUUUUAAUUUUGUUAAUGAGAUCACAUUAUAUCUUUCCCAUUUACGUGUACUAUGAUGUUAAUUUAAUGUGCCUCUUUUCCUGGCAAUAUAAAUACGCCUAGUCCUAGCAAUGAACCCGUGAAGGGAGGGCAUACCCUUCUGACAUUUUUGUGAAUAAAUAUAGUACUUCCCAAGCAAUUAAAAUAUGAUUAACUGGAAGGAGAUCAUCUCCAACAUCAAAUGUAUCGGAGAUUAUAUCUUCUUCUUUUAAUUUCACAACAAUAAUAUUGUUGUCUCGCAGCCAGGACAAGACGUGUUCCCUAAAAUCAGAGGAUAUUUUGCAGGAAUAAAUAAAUAGAUUCCAAAAAAAUAAAUAAAUAGAUUCAACUUCAGGUUAGCAGAAAGCACAUUUUUCUGAUUCAGCCAUGUCAAAAUGAAAAAGUUUCUCAUUCAUAAAUGCGAUACGGUUUAAUAUUUUGAACUGAAAUUCCCUAAGUUUUGUUUCUAAUGUUGUACAGAAAGAUAGUAAGUAAACUCUUUUCCAGUCAAUAGUUAAAUGAUGACACUUUGUAGAUAGUUUCUCUUUAGCGGAAGGUGUGGUUUGUUUUUUCGCCAGAAAAGACUGAUAGAUGUGCUUUGAGGAAGCGUCAAGAAUUGGAUUUAGGUUCAUGCAUUCUCUGUGUAAAAAUAAAAACAUUCCUAUGUGAGGAAAGCAUAUUACCCAUAACGAAAGAAAUAUGCUCUUUGCCUUACCCAGAUGAUUACUCAAAAAACAAACACUACAUUAGAAGUAAUUAUUGGACAAAAAAAGCAAUGAACUUUAAGGAAUGACAAAAAAAUCCGCACAUCUUUAAUUUACCUUUUGAGGGAGGGGCUGGGUUAUUAAGUGGCAUGUUCAGAGAAGAAUUCUUACCCGAACUACAUUUCCGAAAGUCCCACUACACCCCUUUGCAAAGUUAUUAAUCAGCCCCUAAAUCUAAUGUUGUAAAAGUCGAUUUUAAUUCACGAUACCCUUUGCAUGGUCGAUGGGUAACGGACCCAGUUACCCAUCAGUCAUGCUUUUUCGGUCUUGCUUUUGUUUUUCUCAUCUUGACUUAUAAAACAGGCCCAGGUUGUUCAAACGUUGGAUAGCGCUAUCCAACUUUUGAACAACCGGGGCCAGAGGAAUUAAGAGAUCCGGCCUUUAAUAUUUAAACAAGAAAUAAGUAAUUUUCAAACUAUCCCAUGAAAUUUGUUAUCAUUUAGAAUAAAAAAACAAAACAUUUCGCCCGAUUUACUCCAAUGCCUUUUUUACCCACUUAUCACUUUUAAAGUAAAAACUUUAGUAAAGGUAACUCAAAAUAUACUUGAUAUUUAUUCAUUUUGAUUUCAACUCAGACUCAACUAUGACUUCCAACUCGACCAUUAUCGUUUGUCGCUUUUAAAUUUCGCAGCUAGGCCAGAGGCUGGGUCAGAAAAUGUUAUACUGAGGUCAGAGACUGGUGUAUAUUUGGGGCAAACCGAAAUAGAAUACUACGAUGAAGUCGAAAGAAGUAUUGAAUUUUUGGUUAGAGACAGUAAGAAUCACCCGCGCCUUCUCCGUGCUUUAGCCUCAGCCUCUGAAUCUUCAGCUGGUGAUGGCCAAAUUUCCGCGAGUUGUGGUGAGUUUACUUACGCUGUAAACUAAUCGGCUUAUUUUAGAAAAAGAAUAUGUUAACUAUAACAGCAAUGUCACUGUGUCACCGAUUUUUAUUAAAGUAAUUUAUUUAAAACCCUUAACAUCCCCUCUUGAAUCAGUUUUUGUUUUUGUGAUCAAAGGAUAAACUACACCAGAAAACCAGUCACAUCACAUAACUUACGUUAGUUAAUCACUUAAUUAUUCAAAAUUUGCAAGAGCACAGAGGCCUUAGGUUUUCUUGAUAUUUGUUAAAAAAAAAUAUAUCACCUAAGUGAACUUUAAUUUUAAUUUGUUGUCUGAAGGUGAGCCUCUUUGCCAUUUUUAACUUCUUCAAAUAGGUUCUACACAACCCCUGAAGACGCUGAAGCUGUCUGUUUAUGCAGCAGCAAAAUUUGGUGCCAAGCGGUUUCUUAAAACAGUAUUUAACUCAAAGGCUGGAAGAAAAGUUUUUAAUGCUUAUAAGGACAACCCGCCCUUACCUGAGGUUAUUGCCCGGAAAUAUGGUCAUGAGGAGACUGCAAGUUACCUUGAAGAAAUAACUAUAAGGUACCCCCUACCCAUGUGA